GCGCACCAGUCAACCCGGAGCCACGGUAGCGCAAGUACUGUGUGUUCGUCACGUUCAAGGGACAGUUACAUCAGAAACGGCACGGCUCUCUUUUUACCGGUCUUUAAAUAACGUUCGUGUGCAAAGUGUGAGGUUUCCUCUCUCGCGACCGAUGUAACGACACGCGGCCAGAUCGUAUCCAACGUUUGGAGAACGUGUUACGAAGGCUUAUAUAUAUAUACAUACAUAUAUAUAUAUAUACAUAUAACACGAUCGAAUCGAGUGCUUUAAAUUAUCGUGCCUAUACGCGUGUAUAAUUAUAUAUUAGAGUUAUCUAAGGAAAGAAGAUUCUAUGUACACACGAAUGUAUAUAUAUAUAUAUAUAUGUACGUGUAAGAUAUAAUUAAAGGGUAAGGGGGAAGGAAAAAGUAUAAAUCGCGAGUGGUGAGUGAGACGAGACAGGGGGUUGGAAAUCGGCCGUGGAUCGUGGAGAACCGAUGGCACGCGAGACAACGGAGUCAUCCCCUUUGUCGGCUCGGCUCGAUCGCUCAGGACUCAGGGAUCCUCGUGCGUGGAAAGUCGGAGGGAUGGGGUCGUGACUGUCCCCGAGUGUCAGUCGACGCCCCAACACGACCGUCGACGCUCGGUCGCGGAGGAAGAAGGAAGGGAUCCUAUUUGGAAUCCGUAGGGGACGGUUUUAGCCGGAUAGUGCGGAUCUGUGAGUCGUAGAGAGAGUCGCGCGGCGCAAGAGGAGGAGGGGAAGGAAGAGAAGGAGAAGGAAAAAAAAGAAGUAUCGACGUUUCCACGACGCUGGAGAGAGAGAGAGAGAGAGAGAGUGUGUUGUCUCACCCCCUCGCGUGGCGGAUCCUUCGGAAGCGUGGUCUACGAGAACGAACGAACGAGCGUGUGGUGUGCAUCGAGCGGUAAUCCCCGUGGCCCGGUCUCCACCAGUGAAAGUGAACGAUGCGUCGAGACCACCGGCCUCGACACACACGCCGCUAUUGUGACAGGGUUGAAUUUCUGUGAUAAGAGGAAAAAGAAAAAGGAGAAAAAAAGAAAGGAUCGAUUUCGUCAGGUGGUGGUGAAUUUGGAAUCAAACGGGAUAUAUGUAUAUAUGUAUGUGUGUAUGUAUGUAUAUAUAUAUAUAUAUCCGUGCACCGGUUGGCAUCUCUGGAAGGAAGCUUGUGCGUAGAGUGAUCAUCAUCGGGACGCCCGUGGCGCCAUGUCACGCGAGGUGGCGGCAACGAGAGCGGCAAAGAAAGCAAGGGACACGAUCAUAACGUGGACGGCGACGAGUCGGCACGGUGUUCUUCGGCUUCGCGGCGAUUAAGGCCUGGGCCGGGCUGUCGGUUCAGGGCGGUUCAUUGGCCAAGGUGCUCGCUAUAACUCUAAUUACUGUAGAGAGGUGAUACGCGGUAAACCGUGUCACGCAGUGGCGUAGGUCGAGUCGGGGUGGCGUGGAGGAGGCGGAAGAGGAGGUGGAGACGGAAGUGGACGAUGACGGUGGACACGGUGUUAACGUAAUACCGGUGAAAAGGGAGGAGAGAGAGAGAGAGAGAGAGAGAGAGGGACGCGUUUUUUGUUGCUGUUGUUGUUGCUCGUACGCUUGAUGAUCGGUUCGCGUUACCGAAAGUGAUACAUCUCUAUAUAUAUUUAUCUAUAAUAAUAAUAAUAAUAUUAAUAAUAAUAACAAUAAUAAUAAUAGUAAUAAUAACAAUAAUAAUAGUAAUAAUAAUAAUAAUAAUCGUAACAGUGUAUAUUAAAAAGGAAGAAGAAGAAGAAGAAGAAGGAAGAAGAAGGGGGUUUCAACAGUCAGUGCCGUUUGUAAAGUGCGUAUAUAAAAGAAAUAUCGAGCUUAGUAAUUAAAUCGGUAGGGAAGAGUGUAAUUAGCGGGAGAAAGAGAGAGAGAGAGAGUUAAUUUUCUUAACGAUCGUUCGACAUCGAUUCGACAAUAUAAUAUUUAACGACGACUUAUUAGCUCGGCACCACGAGUUAAAAAAUUAGUACGGAAAUAACAGAGAAUAGUAUCGAUCGAUAUAUAUAUAUAUAAAACCGUGUCAAAAGUUCUGAGGUAAAAAGAAAAAAAGGAAAAAUAUUCUAGCCUAGCAAUUAUUAGUAAACAACAGUGGUGGUGCAUCAUACCGCGUAUCGUAUAAAAAUAAUAACGAAUCAAGGGAGAGUCGGAGGGAGAUCGACACACAGGAGGCAUUCGAUUUCGAGUGAUACAUGGACCGAGAUAAUAUUCCGUGCGUACACGUGGGGACACCGGUCGAAACAUCCGUGGAAAUAGCCGUCGAGGGAGGCGUCCUCCGUUCGAGUGGCGUCCGUUCGGAGCGCCGCAGCGGAUGUUACGCCGGGCUUGCGAAGGGCGCCGGGUGAUCUACGGUAGUAGCAGCCUGGAAGUGACUAAAGGCCAUCACCACGGCGUUCAACAUGUUCGAGAUGUGGAGCGCGGUGAGUUCCAAGUUGGAACACUCCGCGACCUCCUCGGGCUCGCCGUUACCUUUGACCUCGCACGCACCGCAGACGCCCCAUACCUCGUCCGGGAGCAUAAAAGCCCAGAUCGAAAUAAUCCCGUGCAAGGUGUGUGGCGACAAGAGCAGCGGUGUUCAUUAUGGUGUGAUCACCUGCGAGGGCUGCAAAGGCUUCUUCAGGCGGUCCCAGUCGUCGGUCGUCAACUAUCAAUGUCCGCGGAACAAGAAUUGCGUGGUCGACCGUGUAAACAGAAACCGGUGCCAGUACUGUCGGUUGCAAAAGUGCCUACGCCUCGGCAUGUCUAGAGAUGCCGUUAAAUUCGGGCGCAUGUCGAAGAAGCAGCGGGAGAAGGUCGAGGACGAAGUUAGGUUCCACAAGGCACAAAUGAGAGCGGCCUCCGAGACUGCGCCCGACAGCAGUGUGUUUGAACAUCAGACCCCAAGCAGUUCGGAUCAACAUCAUCCUUUCAAUGGCGGGUAUACGUAUGGCGGUAGUGAAUACGCUUCCCCUGGCCCCGGAACGGGCGGGUCGGGUUAUUACAAUCAUCAAGCGAUGACGAACUACGAGCUUAGCGCCGACUACGUCGACAGCACGACGACCUACGAUCCACGACCGACGCAGACGCAGGUCGCGGACACUGUCGCCCCUGAUACACCCUCCGCUGGAGUAGCAGCUGGAGUACUUCCCAGCGUGGUCACCACCGGGAAGUCGCUGUCUGCCUCGACGACCGGAAGCAGCACGGGGGGUGGUGGUGGAGGCGGUGGUGGUGGUGGUGGUGGCGGUGGUGGUGGUGGUGGUAGUAGCGGCGGCGGAGGCGGUGGUGGCGGUGGUAAUGGCGGUGGUGGAUCCGGUGGUGGUGGCUCGGGUGGUGGAGGGAGCGGUUCUGGCACCGGGGGCGGUGCGGCCGCCGGUGGCGGCGGUGGUGCCGGUUCCCUGAGCGGGGGUGGAAUCGUUGCUGUUAAGCAAGAGACCACCGUCGAACUGGCCAGCUUGGGCCACGGCUCGUACACGAUGGUCGACUCGACGACCUUUCUGAGCGGUCAGCAACAGAGGGUCAGCAAUCCAUCCGAGGACGACGAAGUGCCGAGUCUGCCCAGUAUGUCCCAUGCGAGAUAUCCGGCACAGAUCAGCGAGUUGCUCUCAAAAACGAUAGCGGAUGCACACGCAAGAACGUGUCUGCUGUCGACGGAACAGAUCCAGGAAUCUUUCCGGAAGCCGCAUGAUCUCUCCAGAUUGAUCUACUACAAGAACAUGGCGCACGAGCAGCUUUGGCUCGAGUGUGCCCAAAAACUAACCACCGUUAUCCAGCAGAUCAUCGAGUUUGCUAAGAUGGUUCCUGGAUUCAUGAAGCUCUCGCAGGACGACCAGAUUGUUUUAUUAAAGGCUGGUUCCUUCGAGUUGGCUGUGCUACGUAUGAGCAGGUACCUCGAUCUCCAGCAAAACUGUGUCCUCUACGGUGACACUAUGUUGCCUCAGGACGCGUUUUACACGACAGAUACAGCGGAAAUGAAGCUUGUCUCUUGCGUGUUUGAGUUGGCCAGGAGUAUUGCCGAAUUGAAGCUUACGGAAACAGAGCUGGCUCUUUACAGUGCAGCGGUUCUCCUUAGCCCCGAUCGGCCGGGGCUGAAAGGGCUCGCGGAAAUCACGAGACUGUCCCAGGCGGUGAUCAGGGCGCUCAGGUCGGAGCUGGAUCGUAACCACGUGUCGCCCAUUAAGGGCGAUGUGACGGUGUGCGACGCGAUCCUCGCAAAGAUACCGCAGCUCCGCGAGAUCUCCCUGUUGCACAUGGACGCCCUGGCCAAGUUCAAACGGUCCCAGCCGCACCUCGAGUUCCCGGCCCUUCACAAAGAGCUUUUCAGCGUCGACAGCUGAACGAUCGACGCGGCGCAGGGCGUCCCGACGCUGACGAACAAAGCGGUACGCGAGUAGCGCCGGGCCUUGCUCUGUCAAGGUGAGUUCCACCGUCCGGAAAAAUAAGGAAAAGCAAAAUAAAUGAAAGAACGGGGAGAGAGAGAGAGAGAGAGAGAGAGAGAAAGAGAGAGAAAGAAAGAGAGAGAGAGAGAGGAAGAGAGAGGAAUUACAAUUUGGAGGGAGGGAGAUGGCGAUGCGUUAUUCGACGAUGGUUGCUACCUAGGAAGUCGCUGGAAAACACGUGCUUUUUGGGGCCGAGAUUGACGACAGGCGUCGAAGGGUUUGGAGAACGUGGUGCGAGUAGUGAGAGGCUAUUUUUUUCUUUCACGAGUUUCGAAGAGAUCGUCGAGGGAAACGAUUUUUAUUUCAUUUUUCUUGUUUCUUUUCUCUUCUUGUUUCUUCUUCUCCUUUCUGAUUAGUUUUGUAGAGAAGGAUCUGUACUAUUUGGAAAAUUCCCUGAUACUUUGGAAGGUGUCGUCCAUCCAAAAUUAUCCCUUCUUCGAAUUAGAAUUAUUAGAGAAGAAGAAACUAAAUGAAAGCUUUCGUAGAUAACAUUUAAUUUAUGAAAU